CAAUAAAAGUUAAAAAAAUUAACUAUUUAAGAAGGGAGAAAAUAGAGAAAUAGGAGCGGUUGCACAUUGCACUCGUUAGGAUUGCAAAUUUGGUCGUCUCUUCCCGGAUUCGUUGGCGACGUGUCCCAUCAAAAAUUAAUACGAAACGGCGCGGACGUGCCGGGACAUUUGAAACAAUAUUUCCCGAGACGUUCCGCGCUGAAUUCGUUAUGUUGUAGCCGAAUAGAAACGCGCGGCGAAGACGUAUUGAUUUGGAGCCACUGUGGCCGCCCCCAAACCCCUGUGACAGUAGCUAUUUGGAAUUUCGAUUGCCCGGUUUCCCGUUUUAUAUCUCUUCUCCCGAGGCAAUAACGACGACGAAGACGACGACUUUAACGGAUACUUCAAUCAAGAGCAUGAAUAAUAAAUCGACGUUCGACGUUCUUUGUCCCUCAAGAGUCUAGAACGUCAAAAUAUAAGUUCAAAUAAACAUAAAACUUGAAAUUUGGUGAUUUCGAUUCUAAUGAACAAUUAAGGGUUUUAGUUUGUGAGUAGUAAAAGGUCCCACUAUAAUAAAGAAUGCGCAACAGAAGGCUUAAUUAGCGGUACUUCCGUGAACAUAACUAGCGAAAUAGCGGAAGUGCAGGCGCGCCAACCACGCAAAAACAUAAUUAAUCCGACGGCUUUCCUCGGCCCGCCCCCUUAUCCCGACUUAAUUACCAACACGAGGUGGAAGUACGAGUGAACAGAGAGGUUUGAGGGCAUUUUCAAAGCGGUCGAAGUAAUUAAAAAGAACCAAGCUAUGCAAACAAUUUUCCGGAACGGUUUCACCUUACCUUUUCCUUCGAGAUGCUUCAACUAAUUCAAUUUAUUAUUUGCCAAGUCUGGAAGUACCACAGUUUAUCCGAAUUUUGUGUUUCGCCCUAGUAAUAAAUACUUAAACGAUUUCCAUUUGGUUAAAAAAUUAAACAAACUUGGAUUAUUGGAAAACCUCGUGAAACUAAAUAUUAAUCCAGAAAAAAUUUAAUCGAACGUUUUCCAUUAAACAAACAACCGCCUGAAUUCGGUUAAAAUAAUCGCUUCUCGGAAGUAGAGAAAAGCAAAGUAGGUCGAUAAACAGAAAAGCAUAAAGGGCGGAUACGAAAGCGAGGAAAAACCAAAAAAAAAAAAAGAAAACAAAGUGAGAAAACGAAAGCAUCGAAUGUAUAAGUGAUGGGAAAGGAUGUUUCGUUUGUAUUGGCAAGUUUCGAUUUUCAAAUCGCGGUUUAGUUUUCGUGUUUCUUCUACGGACGAGAAAAAGCCGUCAAGUCUCAACUCGGAAGCGUCCAAGUUAACGGUAAAAAGACCGCGACCGAAAGCAGUAUCACCAAAUCGACAAGGACCUCAACAAUGUCAGGUGUGCUCAAAAGUCUUCGGUAACGCGUCAGCCCUCGCCAAGCACAAGCUUACACACAGCGACGAACGGAAAUACAUCUGCAACAUGUGCGGAAAAGCGUUCAAGCGGCAGGAUCACCUGAAUGGUCACAUGCUCACCCAUAGGAACAAAAAACCGUACGAGUGUAAAGCGGAGGGAUGCGGAAAAAGUUAUUGCGAUGCGCGGUCAUUGAGAAGACACACUGAAAAUCAUCAUAGCAGUGGGUCUUCUAAUGGAGCCACCACAAUGUCUCCAGCUCAAGGAGCAGCUUCCGGUGAUGCAGCUUCGCCUCAUGGGUCAAGCUGUAUUCAAUAUGCACCUCCACCAACGACAUCGGUUACAUCAACAACCACCACUACGACUACUUCUUUAGGAAAUAGUGGAUCAAGUAAUUCGACAGGAAAAAGUCAGUUACAACAACUUUUAGCAACAGAACCUGUUAAGGGAGGUGGUGCCAACGACGGCCUAACGAAGCAGCUGGACCUGAUCCAUCAAAUAAUGGAGCAGACGCAGAGACAAUCACAUUCGGUCACCACCAAAACUAAUUUAAAAUCCAACUCGAAAUCCAACACUAAGAGCUCUAGCAGUAAAGUACAAAAACCUUUAUCGAGUCAAAAUGCGUCAAUCAAACCAUCAUCUUCUAGUCCACAAUCCAAAGUUACCAGUACAACCUCCCCAGGGAACAACGCCAGUUCCUCUGGGAAAGAUCAAAAGCCUGUUGAGUGCAAUUUGUGCCAUAGAAAAUUUAAGAAUAUACCUGCUUUAAACGGUCACAUGAGACUUCAUGGUGGAUAUUUUAAAAAGGAUACCGAUAACAAAAAGAAUGAAAAGAAAGAUCCAAACGGCCCACCUCUACAAACAGCCAGUGUGAGUGUACGGGCUCUCAUAGAAGAAAAGAUAAUAAGUAAAAGAAACAUAAGUUCCUCUUCGGAUGAUACAUCAUCACCAGUUAGGACGUCAGCUCCGCCUCUAUUUCCUCUAACAGUCCAUUCCCCAGUCACAUCUGGAACCACAUCAGAGGCGGAUUCAUCGAAAACUUCUUUUGCAGUUCCCGCGCCUCCUCAAUUGAGUACGGUUGUAGAAAAAAGUAGAAGACAUUCCGAUGCGGAAACCUUCACGGUCCCCAGGACUCCGCAACAGGACGCCGAUACUCUGGCGGAUCUGAUACUCAACAAAAAGGAAAAAGUUACCGUUAAAAGAACCACUUCCGAUCCAGGCCAAUCAACUCCUCAAAUAAUCCAAUUCCAAUCUGGCGAAGCGUUUACUUUGGGGGUCACCUAUCAACCGGAUGACGGUUAUCUUUCGCCGAGCCUCCACGAUGAAGUUUUCACCCAAGUACAAGAUACAAUGCUCCUACAAGGUGUCGAUACCCAACAACUCGCUUCCAUUCAAUUUCAAAACAUCGAAACUGAUAGUCUUCUUCAAGAUCACCCGGAGCAACAACUUCAAGAAAUUUCGUUGGAUGAUUACAAUCUACCUGACAGUGUAACGGAUUCGCCUUCUUACCAAUCAACGCAAUCGGUGACCCAUCAGGAUUUAAGGGCGGUGUUGGAUUCGCCACUUCCGGAAAGCUUGGCAGAGUUCAGUACUUUUCAUACCACCGGAAGCUUGGAUAUUCCAUCGCCGAGUUACCAAAGAUCUCCAGCUCAAUUCUCAAAUUCACCACAUCCUUCCAUGGCGGCUCAAAGUCCUUUGCAAUCCCCUCUGGUGAGACACGAUUCACCAGCUUAUACAUAUCCAACACCACCAGCGAGUCAUGAGGGGCAAAGUCCUUGUUUUGGACAGAACACGAUUCUUCCAAUGGUUUCUCCAAAACAAGAGUACAUCAAAGACAUCGAUCAAAACAAUCAACUAUUAACAACGGAUUUCUUUUCCACGACAAUGUCCAGUUCGGCAGCCGUUGAAGAGGCGUUAGAAGAAGUUCUUCCUGGUGAAAGUAUAGCAGCUGAUGAUUUGUACUCGUCUCUAUCAAAUUCACCUCCACCUCAAUCUCCUCUAUCGAUUGGUUUAACUCCCGUGCCUUCUCCUUUAUCUAACAUCCCUAGCACAACCGUUCCAUCACCUCACACUCAAACAAAUUUUACAUCAACAAACAAUAUACAUUGUUUUCCUUUACAAUCUCAAAUGAUGCCAAAUUCAGACGAUCCCUUGCUUUCGAGUAGCCCAAAAGAUUUUCCGACGAAGAAGAAAUUCGAAUUUAACGGAAUCCCAUUAAAAUUAAUCAGCGGUAAUGCUAUCAUCGACAGCAACUUCACCGGGAUCCUUCUUGAUGCAAAUGGGGAAUUAAAAUUAAUACAAACCGGUCCGAAUGCAUUUCAUACCAAAAACAUCGUUUUGGCGACUCCUCAUAUUAUCACCCAACUUCACAAUAAUCAUCCAAGCAAAGAAGAGGAUGCAAAUAAAAAAAUGGUUCCACCUGUAAAACAAAUUAUACAAACCGUCGUUCCCACAGCAACAAAGCAAAUCAUUUUAACGAAACCAAAAGAUGUUAAAAUAGAAACAAUGAAACAUGAAGAAGUUUUUUUAAGUCCAACAACUAUAUCCAGUAAUUCUACAAAGAAUCCUCGGAAAAGGCCUCGAUCUGAACCGCUACAACUACCUAUUUUACAUCAAUCAAGAUUAAGGGCUACAAGAAGUAAACCACAUGGUUCGUCGAGGUUUACACCAUCUCCCAUUUUAAACCCAAGUCGACCCGGAAAUGGGUUGUAUUGGAAUAUGAAAUCUAAACCGAUUGAUCCAGAAAACCAAGAAACAACAUGGACCGAUCCUGUUCCAGAAACCGACUCUACACCACACAUAAACGUUGGGUCACAUUUCCAAACCUUAUUACCUCAAUGCAGACCUUUGGAUACUCGGUAUGUUCAACAACCGACUAAAGAAGAUCUUCUUUGGGAUCCUGGUAUAAAUAAAUCAAAAGAAGAGGUCGAAAUGUAUUUUGAUUUUGCUUGCUGCGCUGCUCUUCCUGGCGGUGGAAGAAACCAAGAGUACGCAAUGCACGUUCUCAACCUCUCCGAUGGAAAUAUCCAUGAAGCAAUGCUGAAAUUGAUGCAACCGACUCCGUCUCUGCCUUCUAAAAACCCCCUUCACGACUACCACUAUUCAGAAACUGAAAAGUGGUCCGUCUUGGAGACCGAUCUCUUCCAACAAGCUUUAUCAAAGUAUGGUAAAGAUUUCGCAAUGAUAUCCCAAGAAAUCGGAUCGAAAUCGAUGAAACAAUGCGUCGAGUUUUACUAUGUUUACAAAAAGAUGUGUAAAGAGGAUUAUAAGGUAGCUAAACAGCUUAGAGAGAGAUGGUCAAGUGCUGAAAUUGAAGAGAAGCAGUUUGCCGAUUCAAAAUUACUUGGGAUUGCAGACUCGGGAUCACCUAUAACUGAACAAAGAAGUUUUCCGUGCGAAUUCGUGGAUUGUUCUGCAAGUUUUAAUUCAAAAGCAGCCCUAAAUGGUCACAUUAGGAUACAUGGUGGCAGCGUGCGUAGUAAUUGUCCGAAUACGACAUCCAUCCAAGAAAGAAAGUUAACGUUGGUCACCUCAAGCAACCAGUGUCACAACAGCGAAACGAUAGAAGAUUAUCCGUGUAAGAUAUGCGGGAAGAUAUUCACAAAAAUAAAAAGUAGAAGUGCUCAUAUGAAAUCUCAUCGGAUACAAGAUGAAGGCAGACGUGGUUUUUAUUCCUUCGAUCACGCACCAAUCAAUAAUUCCUUCGGUACUUAGCGUUCACCCGAGUCGUCGACAUCGACGGUCAGCGUCCAUCAUCAUCGUCAUCGUCAAAAACCUAAGCAACAGCAUCGGCAGCAAUCAAACGAGACUUCCGGUCGUAGCGUCCUCUACUUCCUGGUAAACCUGGCGCGAUCCGACGCGAGCACAUGAUGAGUUUUCUUCUUUUUUCCUAACCACUCUAAUAAAAGAUGUGCGAGAAGAAGGGAAAUUUUUUAGAUUUGAAAAUAAUAAAGUAACGGUUAGAUAUGAAAUAAGAAAGUGAGAUAUAAAUAAAAAAUAA